CCUCGAGUACCGUCGACUUUUGGGAGAUAAAAAAAAGUUUCUAAAAAUAUUGCGGCUGUGCGUUCUUCGAUAAGAUAUCAACGGGUUGAAAAAAAAAUAGUGUGUCCUGAAGUGUUUCAUAAAUACAAUUAGAAAUAUAACUAUAUUUUUUACGUGUACGUAUAAUGGUUUUGACAGAUGAUUGUCAAUUCUCCAGUGCAGUUACUUUUUCCUGACUUUGUCAAUGGUCAAAUUUCUUUAUCUUGUCAGUGUUUUAUCGUACCAUCGUAAUUUUACUUGUUGAUGGUAUAUUUUAAAACAAGGGACACAAACCUCUUGAGAUCGGACCGUAUUGUUAUGGUUUCCGAUACGCUUAAUAAAUCUAUUUAAGAAAAAUAUCAAUGGUGUUUUCUGGAAAUGGUGUGUAAGGAGGACAUUUUGUCAUGGUUUAAGAACUUAGAUUGUUAUAAACGGAUCGACGUAAUGCACGAUUUGUUAAACAUUUGUAUGCCAUAUGAAUUACGUUUUAUUGGCAGUUGCUUAGAAGAAAUUGGUAAGCACACUUACCAAGAAUUACGAGGGGUCACUCUAAUCGCCAACGAUGUCGAUAAGUUAGCUAAAGACAAUUUAUUAAAUUUAUCAACCGGCCUCUUAGAUGAGGUUACAAGGAAUCGUGCUGUGCUUCAUCUUUCCUUGUUAUCGUCAAGGAAUUGUGUGGGUGCGGAUUGGCUAUUUAAAUCAUUAUUUAGGACAGAAGUGUUUGAGGAUUUUAUAGUGAAGGGUAAUUGUAAGGAUGAAUCUUUACAAAACGAAUUUUUAUUAUUAUUAACAAUGGGAGUGCAUCAUCCAGCUUUCACUUUCGAUCAAAAAUACUUUCUGGGACGACUAAUUGAGCGACUUUUAGAACAAAAGGAACACAGAAACGAAGCUACUCCUAAAAUUAGUAAUUUUUGUAUACCACCAGGCUUUCCUUACCAACAACCACCGCCUGUUAUAUCAUCACAUUCUGAAAUACAUGUAAUACCAAGUAAUCAAACGAUGGUAAUUGGAUCAGGUGAAGGUCCCCAACACCCCCCACCAGGUCUUCCAAUACACACAGUACAUCCACCUAUGGAUCUAAUAUGGCAAAGACCAACAUUGGGCGGAAAUAUUUGUGUUCCAUCUGAGGUACCACCGUUUCCAGCACCAUCAUUAUCUCCGCUAGUCAGUCAACCAGGAUCGCCACCACCUAGUAGGGCAAACUCGCCCCAUCGAAACUAUACGUUACGACCCGUCGGAGGUAUUCCCCUGACACACAAUCUUGAGAUGCAAUCGAAUCCUUCCCCAAUGAAUGUCGAUACCAUAUCUACGUCUAGUCUUAUACCAAAAUAUUUAAUUAAAGAAGAUGAGCCUAAUCAUAUGCAAGAAGACAAACUCCGUUCCGAUCAAAAAUGGAUGAAACCUCCAAACGGUUUAAUCUCUUACAUACGUGAGCCAAAUUAUUUUUGUCAUCAAAUGCAAGCGUUAAAACUUGAAGGUGAAAAUUCAUUGCAUCGUUCCACCUCAUCGAGCAAUUCAAGUUUGAAUCAAUCACCACCGCAGACGCCCACGACGGCGAUCGUUUCACAACACGGUCCUGGACGAGGUGUUGUAGUUCCCGAUCAACAGAAGCCGCGUUUAAAUGGAGUUCCUCCGUUUAUGACGGCAGGUCCACCUCCUCCACCCGAAUCCACCCCACCACCACCUCCGACGAUGAGCAAUGUGCCUUAUAUGAAUUUUCCAGCUCCGCCUCCUCCAAUUUCAAUAACGAUGCCAAACAGGUGUUUUAUUUCCUAUCCAAGACAUCCACCGUAUACACCCGGUGAUACACCAUUUACAACCCCUAAUGAUCAACAGCAACAUUACACCACGGCUUCGCCGUAUUUACAAUUUCCGUUUCGUAUUUCCAGUAUGCAGCAACCGGCACAGCAGCAGCAACCGCAACAUAGGAAUCUUCCGACGACGAAUUGUUAUAACUGCGGAGCUUUAGGUCAUAACGGAACUGAAUGUACAUCGCAAACGAUAGAUGAUAUCACCCAAAAACCUUAUGCUUUAGAAUACACCCAGAUGUCAUCGGAUGGGGAUAAAUGAUAAAAGGAGAGUUUUUUUUAAUUGAUUAAUUAAUUAAUUAGUUUAUAGUGAAUGUUGGAAAAUGUUUAAGGAAAAAAAUGAGGAAAUGUUAAAAAAAAUGGUUUUACUAAAUACUUAUCGUUGGUCGAUGUGCGUGUAAAAACUGUUAAAGAAGAGAUUUUUUUACUUUUUUGUGGUUAUCUUAAGAAUGGAAUUUGAAAAAUAAGAAGAUACCUAUAUUAUAAAAGAACUAAUUAUAUUUCUUUUUAUUUGUGCGUUUGUGUAUAAUAAAAUUUAAAAAUAUAUAUGUUAGGUAUCAAUUCUGUAAGAUUUGUAUAAAGGAUACAUUAAUUAGUAAUAACAAAACGUAUUUUUUGAUGGAUUUCGUUAUAACUAACUUUUAAAAAAUUGAACAAUUUUUUUAUGGGAUUGUUAGAGUGAUUUGUUGUGAAUUUCAACUUCGUGUAAUUCUUUUUGGUUCUUAACCAAACAUACGCGAAAAAUCCUAUUUUACACCAUUUCAUUUUACAUUUAAACUACAGUUUAGGUAUCUAGUGUUUAAAAUAGAAAUUAGCACCGUUUUAUGAAACAAUAAUAAAGAAUAGUUAUUAAUUUUUCUUAUUAACA